AUGGCGUCCAGUUUUGACCGAUGGGAAAAAGAUCCAUUCUUUAACGCCGCUGAAGAAGUUCAAGAAUCUGUAGAUAGGAUGGAAUCUACAUUUAGGACAUGGAUUCAUGCUACCAAAGAUAAUUCAAGCAGGUGGAACCCUAAUGAACUCAGAAGAGAUUUACUUACUACUCUUGGCACUACUAAAUGGCAGUUAGAGGAAUUUCAACGUGAGAUUAAGUCAAGUUAUAGCAGAAACUCUGGUAAUGAUGCAAGAACUAGGCAUCGAGAUUUUAUCACUGCUAUGGAGGAUAAGAUAAAGAAAGUCGAGCUUUCGUUAAAUGAAGCCUUCCCUUUGGGUGGCAAGGCAUCUCGGCAGUGGGUGUGUUUGGACGAAGGAGAAAAAUACGAGCUUGCUAUGUUUCUUUUAGGAAUGCCAGUAGCUGAAAGCAACAGUCAGCGAUUAUGUGAUAAGGGUUAUGUCGUUAAUUUGUCGAAGGAUUUUCCUGUUUCAACUGGGCGUGGCGAAGUUAAGGAGGAGGUAUCACACGGGUUUCGUAGGGUGGCUAGUGCUAGUGCUGAUAUUGGUUAUUGGAAAAUUUCAGUUAACGAUGAUCCACAGCAGUUGAGUUCCUCCAGUGGUUCUUCUGGAGGUGGUCCAAUGCAUAAGGUGCCAAGCUUAUCGGGAUUUUUUAGUUCUGUUGAAUCAAUCUCGAAAUUGAAGUGGCCGAGGAAUGGGGAAACAAAACCUGCCUUGAAAAAAACUAAAAGUAGCCUCGAUAGUUUGGAUGAAUGUUACGACAAGAAACUCUAUGGAUGGUGUGGCGCUAUUCAGAGACAGCUUCAAAGAUCUCAAUAUCAAAUGCAAUACAGUCGGCUAGCACGAAUAACUGUUUCCGUUAUUCUCCUUUGGUUGAUUGUUUUAAUUGCAUUCCGCAAGAUGUAG